UACUAGGGACUUCCCCCCCCAAGGUUAGUUUACAGUGCAUCUACGGAUGGUCUGUAUAUUAUGGAGUAUUUGAAAUGUUUCUGCAAACUUCUGGAUUAAUGGAUUUUUUUUAAGUGGGACUCCAUCGCCAGUAAGGACUCUGUUUUUAGUAGGGGAGUUCAUUUGUAAAGGAUUACAUAUGAACAAUUGAGCAGCAAUCUAUAUUUCUAAGCCUAGUUCAGAAAGUUUCUCAGGCAGAAGUCAUGCUGUGUAAAACGGAAUUUCAGAAGCGGGUUUCCUAAACCCCAAAUCCAGCAUUCUUACCAUCCGAAGAUUGUACAAAGCAUUGUCAGCAGAAUGCCUGAUAAGGAUGAAGAUUUUCACGGAAAAAUAAGGACUGUAUAACAGCCUGGCUAUCUUGGAAUUUCUGGUUGGACAGUUUCUUAUACCAGUUUUAUCCGUUUUGGAUGAUGGAUGGCCGAGAUUUCGGUCCCCCCAGAUCCGUUCAUGUACCCUCGCCUUUGCUGUCGGGGCUGGCUAUGGAGUCACACCGACUCGGAGCAGCCGCUGCUGCCGGGAGAAUACCUCCAUCCCCAGGCCAUUUGGGUACGGGGCACCCGCCACCGCUCCAUACUGGAAAAUAUUUGUCACCGGCCAUUAAUCUCCACUCUCAUCACGGCGAUGCCUUCCCAGGGGCCUCCAGUCCGUUUCUCAGCGGCUAUGUGAGCUCCGCCACCCCUCACAGCAGCCCAGCCCCCCUGACCUCCGACCCCUCCUUCAGAGCCCCCACCCCCUCCAACCUGCAGAUGGCGCAGCUGUGGGCAUCCCAUCCGCACGAGGGUUACCCCCACCUGCCCAGCAGCCUGUACCCCAGCCCCUACAUUCCACUGGCCCACAUGGAGCACCCCAGCAGCGGAAGCCCCCUCCUGGCCCAGCUGAGCCAGCACGCGCUCUUCGAUUCCCACAAAGAAGGUUUUUACCUCCCGGGCCCUGCUGCUCAGUCGGCCUUGCACUCCCAGACCCACCUCCCCAGGACCCCCACUGCCCACGUGCCCAGCGUCCUCUCCAGGGAAAAGGAGACCCCACCCCAUUCCAGGGCACCCAAGGAUUCCUCCAGGGAAACCAGCAGGGACAAACCGUACAAGAGUGAACAUGCCCACCCCGUCUCUCGCAGGGACAGGGACAGGGACAGAGAGAGAGACCGAGACAGGGACCGAUACGGGGACAGAGACCGGCCUAAAGAGGAACCCCGGCCCCACAGUGUGGUGGACCUCACGCACGAGGUGAAGGUGGAGGGCGAGCGGAAGCAGGCCGGCUCAGACCGGCUCUUCAAGAGCAGGGAGCACACGGCGCCAUUCCACCGCGAGCAUUCGCCCAGCCCGGCGGGCGCAGAACCAAAGUCCAAGAACCCUCUGCAGACCUCCUCACUCAGCAACUGCAUCAGUGGCGGCGGCGGCGGGCCCUCACUGAGGUACGAGGGCACGGAGCAGGAGAGGUAUGCCAGAGACUUUGGUCACCACGAUGAAAACAUUCGGCCAGGGACCCACAUACACACGGACAAGUUGAAAAAAUGUGACUCUGUUGUGACGUCAGUCGGCACUUUACAUGUCUCCUGUAGCUGCACCUCCCCACACAGUUGCUCCUCGCAGCUCCCCCCCAGACUGGUCUCCUCCGGCGCGUACAAUCCUUCUCACCACUUGCCAUCCAGCUUGUACCCCGUCUACUCCGCGGCGAAGGAGCCUGGGAAGGAACACAAAGUGAUCGCGCCCACAUUUGUGCCUUCUGUUGAAGUUUAUGACGAGAGAAAUGGGCCGAUACAGAUCGCUUCGCAGGCUCGAGAUGACAAAAACAGGGAAAAAGACGGUCACCGGUCAGGCGGGCUGCAGGUUGGGAGCGAGAGGACUCUGUUGGACCAUGCGUGGCCGCCUCACGUGCACGAGUCUCCGUCCCACGGGGACCUGAAGAGAGCAGACCUGUUCAGGGAAGAGGGCUCCGUUAUCAGGUCAAACUCUUUGGCCAUGAAGCGAGCUCCGCCCCCCGAAAUGUACGUCAGCAAAUCGGGCCACAGCCCUGACUCCAGAGACUUUCUCUUAAGCAGCAACACGUCCAAAGAAAUGAUAAAAAUGGGGCUGGAGGCUGAAUCCCGCGGCCAGGAACAAGACCGGAUUCAGAGAGCUUCUGCGAGGGACGCCUGCAGAAUGUACAACGGGGUGGACCCUGCCAGGAUCCACAUGGAGCAGCACCCGCUGAAGUGCUCUGCCCCUCCCGCUGAGCCCAAAUGGAAGCCUUUCCAAAUGGGUAACUAUGCCACCAGCCACAUGGCAGCUCUGGUGGCUCAGCGCGGCCCCGGAGGCAGGGCCGAGGAGGACGGGAAGGGCCUGUUUCUGGACUCCUCCGGUCUCCACAGGCCGGCAGGUGGGGGACCCUCCAGGGGCGGCAGCGAGGGUCUUCACUCGGGGGCCCACGGGGAGGUCUCCGCCAUGCAGAGCCUCAUAAAGUACAGCGGAAACUUCACCAAGGAGUCGUCCUCCAAGCACAGCUCGGGUGUCCGGAGCCCCUUCGGCGGCCUGGGUAACAUGAAGCUCGACGGCGGUCAGCCCGGGGCGCCCAAAGUGCAGCACCUUCCACCCCAGCAGCCUGGGAAACAACUGAAGAGGGACCCUGAGCGCCCAGAGAGCACCAAGUCUUUCGGCCGGGAGAGCAUCGGCCCCCAAGGGGAGGUGGAGGUCCGACAUCCGCCGGUUGGGAUCGCCGUCGCCGUGGCGCGUCAGAGGGACAGCGGCAGUAAGCCCAGCUCCAGCCUCAGCGACAGGGACAGACCCCUCCCCCUGGGAAGCAUCAAAGGCCCGGGCCGCUCGGAGGAGGACCGCAGGGACGACCGCAGCCACCACCGGGAGGACCGUCUGCUGCCGGGCCGUCUGGAGCGCGAGCAGGAGAAGCUUCUGCGGGAGAAUAAGGAGUUGGCGGACCUGACUCAGAUGCACCCGCCCAUGGGGCCCUCCAGUGGUCUGAACCCUAAUCUGAUGGUGACCGGUGGGCCCGUCCUCACGGCCUCUGGGCGAUGGCCCACUGACCACCCACCCCAGCUGCCCCCGCACCACUGGAUGCCCCGCGCAGGCAACCCGUCCAUGUGGCUCCCCGGUUCCCCCUACGGGCUCAGUCACUCCUCCCUCCAUCAAGGCCUGCCCCCAGGGUACCCCCCUCCCAUCCCCGGCUCCAUCCCAACACCUUACCACUUCGCCCGGGACCCCCAGUCAGGACAGCUGCUGGUCAUUCCUACAGAGCACCUCCCGCAUUUUGCGGCCGACCUGAUGGACCGCGGGCCCCCGAUGUGGCCGGCGAUGUACCCUCCGGCAGGCAGCUCCCUGCAGCAUGCCCACCAGCUGCAGAUCCUCUCUCACCAGCAGCUGCUGCGCCAACAGGAGCUCUAUAUGAUCCAGCAGCAGGCUGCCCAGGUCAUGGAGCUGCAGAGGAGCGCCCAGCUGGUGGAGCGGUUAAAGGUGAAUGAACAGAGAGCAGAGCUGGAAGACAAACCUGCCAAGAGAAGCAGUGAAGGUGCCAAGCACAGUCUCCUGGCCACCCCUGCUGCAGCCUUGCAUUCCCAAAAACCGCCCUCCCGGUCCCCUACGCCCUCCACUUCCUACGCCAAGGCCCUGACACCACUGCCUAUCACACCUCAACCCUCGCCGGGCACCACCCUCAAGUUGGAGAGCCAGCAGAAGGCGGAGUCUCUGAUGGCCCGGCCGUCCUACUCCCACUCCUCCACCCCUCCUCCACAUGCCCCCAGCCCCGCGUCCGCCUUGCCCCCACCGCCCCCACCCAUGCCUCCCAAAGAGGAGUCUGUGGAAGACAUGGAGAAGAAGCUGGAUAUACAAAACCAGGCUCCCGCACCCUUCCGAGACAUUCCUCCUGGCUACCCCUACCAAUCGAUAACAGCUCCGUUCGGCAGUCACUACCCGUACCUCCUCCAGCCGGCGGCGGCGGCUGAUGCCGACGGCCUGGCGCCCGCCGUGCCGCUGCCCGCUGAGGCCUCGGAGCUCUCGGACCCGGCGGACGUCAAAGCGGUGCGCCUGCUCUCCCCCGCCGUGGCCCAGCUUCCCCAGACCCCCGGGGCCGAGCGGCUGGUGGAGGACAGAGCUGUGCUCAAGGAGGAACCGGGCCUGAAGGACAGCAAGCAGGUCCUCAGCCAGCCCAGCCUGGGGCCUCUGCACCCUGCCAUGGCUCUGCCACCAAUCAUUAGCCAGGGCCACCAUGUGAUAGCUGAACCAGAGAACCACUCCACCGGUGAGAUUCUGCACACAGACGCACAGGCAGAGGAGGAGGAGGAGGAGCAGGGAAAGGAAGAUGGAGGGAAGGUGAAACUAGAAGAACUGUCCGUCCAAACCUGCCAAGCUUCGCAGCGAGUGUCUGAAUCGGUCUCGGAGAUGUUGCCGGAGGAGGAGGCUGGGGAAGGCACGCCCUGCACCUCAGACGGGGUCGUUGACACCCCCACACACUACAGCGAACCCCAAGUUCAAGUUCUCAGCAUGCUGCAGCCAGAAGAGACCCCGUCUCCACCCAGUGAAGCUGAUCCGGAGCGCGAGGCGUCGGAGCUGGUGGUGGAGCGCUCAGACGUGACCGAGCCGCUCUGCGAGACUCAGCCCUUCGCUCCCCUCGCUCUGGGCAGCCUGCCUCCCCUGGGCCCAAUAGACAUCCAGCCUGAGGACCCCAUGGCCGGCAUGAUGGCUCUGGUGACGGCCAGCGAGCUGCCCCAGGCCUGCUCGCUGCUGGCCCUCCCACCAGGAGCCCUUGGUACGGCCCCGCACUGCUCCACCAGCUUCUUCCCCCUGGAGACGGCUGCCCUCGAGGGGAUCGCCCUGCUGAGUGAAAUCGCUGAGCUGGAACUGCAGAGGCGCCACGAUGAGAUGCAGUGGGCAGCACACUGCGGGCUGGAGAGCCUGCUGCUGGCUGGCAGGCAGGUGCUGUUGGAGGCGAUAGACAGCGCACCAGCCGUCACCAUCCGUCUCCCACGAGAACUCGACCCCAACAAGAAGUACAGCUGGAUGCAGAAGAAGGACGACUCGCUGUUCUCCAUGAAGUCGUCCAUGGACAGGAUGAACACCAUGGAGGUGGACUACCGCAUGAGGCUGGCUGAGUUGCAGAGGAGGUACAAGGACAAGCAGAGGGAGCUGGGGAAACUCCAGAGAAGGCGGGAGUCUGAGGAGAAGCUGGAGGAGAAGAAUAGGAGUUUAUCUCGCAGAGGUCCAGGAAGGCCCAGGAAGAGGAAACACAGCGUUUGCAUUUUUUCACCACCUGUUGGAAAACUGGACCCUAAGUGUGGAAAGUUUGGCAGGAGUGGGCUCCUGUCCGAAGACUCUGAGACUGGUGAAGGGGCGAGGAAGCGUUUUCGGGGACCCAAUCCUGACGACGAUGAUGAGAUGGACAGGGAUGGACUUGUGAAAGUAAAGAGAAAAAGCAAGGGCUGGAAUGAGAAUGAGGCAUCCUCAAGUUAUCUUCCACAAAUGCAGAUGAAAAACCCCAAAAGGAAAAAAGUGAGUGAACAAGAGCAGUUGGCGAGCAAGCUGGACAAGGCCUUGUCUCUCACCAAACUGGGUAAACUCCACAAGCCCCCUUUUAAGUUUGCAGAUGAACCCUCAGGGAAAUCCAAAGCCAGCUCCGGGAGCUGCAGCAAGCUGCUCAUGCUCCACGAAGUGGGGAUGAAAGGCAAGGAAGGCACAAAGAGCCACACCAAAGGCCUCAGCCUCUUCCAGAAGCCUUCCACAGGAGGUAAAAACAAAAUGGCAGCUAAAACAAAGAACAUGGAGCCCUGUCUAAAGGUGAAAGGUCAGCUGAAGCCAUCAUACUCCCCUGCACGGUCUGAAUUGAGCAGCUACUCCUACAAUACGGACUCGGAGGAGGAGGACGCGUUGAUGAAAGACGGCUGGCCCCCACGCUCGAUGCUGGGCAGGGCGGGGUUGCGGGUGCGGGGGCCCAGCCUGUGCAGCGCGGCGUCGAAGAAGGGCCGCCCGUCGCCGAAGAGGGGCGCGGCGUCCGGAACGCUGGUCUCCAAACAGGCACUCGUCAAGACCAAACACAAGCACUUUGCCUUACUGCUGCAGGAGGCAGAGGCCCGCUCGUCCUUCAGUGACUCCUCUGAGGACUCAUUCCAUCAAGAUUUCUCAACGGACGACGACGAUGAUGAUGAUGAUGAUGACUAUGAGGAGGAGUAUGACUGUGAGCUGUAUGCCAGCGAUGGGCCCUGCCUGGAAGAGAGUGGAUUGGGUCUCCUGGCACGGUUUGCAGCCAGUGCAAUGCCCAGUCCUAUGGUCUCCCCUCCUCUCUCCAUCAGCCAACAGAAAGCCAAGAAAAAGGAUGAAAGGCAAAGCUUUCUGGGUGCAGAGUUUGAGUUCACGGACUCGGAGAGCGACGUCAAGUUCAGGAAGAAGUUCCCGUCGUUGCUCCAUGGGAAGCGGUCCGCUCCGGAGCUCCCCCUGCUGCCCCCGGUGAGCGUCCUCCGGGAGGACUCCAGCCCCGGCCGGCCCAAGACGAGCGAGCGCGGGCGGAGGCCCAGGAAGGCGCGGUCGCCCCGGGAGUUCAGCUUCGACGUGGGGCUGGAGCCCAGCGACGAGGAGCGCUGGACACGCAGGAGGAGCGAGCGCAUCUUCCUCCACGACGCCGCCACCGCCGCCACGCCCGCCUCCCCUCCGCCCAAGAGCCCCCCCGACCUCGCGCCCAAACCCAUCCGCUGCCCCAAGGCCCCGCUGCACGCCCCCAAGAAGGAGGUCGCCAAAGCCAAGGAGGUGAAAGACAUCGGCAAGAAGAAGAAGAGUAAAGAGAGCCCCCUGAGUCUGCCUUCCCCCCUGCUCUCCAGCCCCUCAGAGAGCUGCGUGGCUCUGUCCUGUUCCCCACUCGGCCCAGCACGCAGGAUCAAGGCCAAGGCCAAACCUAGAGAAGUGAAAAAAGAGGUUCGCGGGAAGGGAGGGGCGGUCAGUAAGCUCAUGGAGAGCAUGGCUGCUGAUGAGGACUUUGAGCCCAGCCAGGACAGCAGCUUCUCUGAGGACGAGAGCAUCCCACUGAGUACCCCGCCUGACCGGCCCUGCACGCCCGCCCCACGGAACUGUGUGAUCGACAAGGAUGAGCUGAAGGAUGGCCUGCGGGUCCUCAUUCCCAUGGAUGACAAACUGCUGUACGCUGGCCACGUCAACACCGUCCACUCCCCAGACAUAUACAGAGUGCUGGUGGAGGGGGAGCGAGGAAACAGGCCUCACAUCUACUGCCUGGAGCAGCUGCUGCAGGAAGCUAUUAUCGACGUGAAGCCUCCUUCGGUCAGGUACCUCCCAGAAGGCACCAGGAUCGCAGCCUACUGGAGCCAGCAGUACCGGUGCCUGUAUCCAGGGACUGUGGUCAGAGGAAAUCCUGAUGUAGACAUGGACGAUGACUUAAUAGCAGUGGAGUUUGACGAUGGAGACACGGGCAGAAUUCCCCUGUCACACAUUCGACUGCUCCCUCCCGACUACAAGAUCCAGUGUGCUGAACCCUCUCCAGCUCUUCUUGUACCCAGCACAAAGAAACGUGGUAGGAGACCCAGUAAGGAUGUUGCUAAUAACAAGGAGGUGUGCACCCAGACCCCAAAACAACCCGUUCAAAAAAGGGGAAGAAAACCCAAGCCUAAACCAGUGCCUGAAUCUGUCCCAGAAGAUCACAAGCAGGUGGAAGUGUCUGUCUUUCCCGAGACCACAGACAGGCCUCUGUCCUCCAGGGGACCAGGAACCAGGCCCGGCAGAAAAUGCCAGCAGGCUAGCACAGCCAGCUCUUCUGUCCCAGUGUCUAAUGAACUGCAGAAGAAAGCUGCCAAGGCUCCAGCCAAAGUGAGCUCCCAGCUACAGGCACCCUACACAUCUGCCCUUUAUGGAAAAGUCCUGUCAGUGGAUCUCUACAAGGACCUGUCAUUUCCCCUGGGCUCAUUUCUGCCUAGUGACAGUAGUAGCCAAGGAAAAGUCAAGUUGGUCAAGAAGGGAAGGAAGAGCGAGGAGCACCAGGAGGCAAAGGGGUCCAUCACAAAGAUGCAGAGGAAGCAACCUGAGUCUGAGAUGCUCAUCAAGCUGGACCAUGAGGGUGUGAUGUCCCCUAAGACCAAGAAAACAAAAGCCCUGAUGAUGAUGGAGGACCAGAGCCUUUCCAAACGGGAAAGCAAGCCAGUGCUGGGCAUGGCGUAUGCCCCUGUACUACCAGCUGAACCUAAACCGAAGGCACCCAAGGCCAAAGCUUCAGAGAAGAAGGAGGAAAGUUCUAAGGCUGGUGCAGUGUCCACCUACAGCAUCGGAAUACUGGGCAGCAGUGGGGAUGGGAUAGUGAAGGUUAAGGAGCCUAAGGCGAAUGAGGAAGAGGAGUCCAACUGCACCAGCAGUAGCUGCACCUCAGAGUCCGAUGGAGAGGAAGAAGAGCAGGUGCAGGAGAAGGAGAAACAAGAGGGAGAUCCAUCCACCAGCUCCAGGACCUCCAGUCCAGUCUCUUCCAACUCCUCCAGCUCCUCUACCAGCAGCUCUUCAUCAUCCUCAUCUUCCUCAUCCUCUGGCUCCAGCUCUUCCUCGUCAUCCUCCUCUUCUUCCUCCACCACAACAGACGAAGACUCAUCCUGCAGUUCGGACGAGGAGGCCUCUAUUGCUGCCCAGUCGUCUCCCACAGCCCCCCAGACUCCGCCCCAGGCAGAGGAGCCGCAGUCCAGCCAGUCAGCGGCCCAGGACCCCCCGCUGUCCCCAGCCAAGAGCCAGAAGCUUCCACAGCAACAGCAGAAACAACAGAAACAGCAGCAGGGCAAGAACCGGCCGAAGAAACGAGAGGGCAUCCACCUGCCCACCACCAAGGAGCUGGCUAAGCGGCAGAGGCUACCCUCGGUGGAGAACAGGCCCAAGAUCGCUGCCUUUCUCCCAGCAAGGCAGCUUUGGAAAUGGUUUGGAAAACCCACACAGAGGCGGGGAAUGAAAGGAAAGGCUAAGAAGCUUUUCUACAAAGCCAUUAUGCGUGGGAAGGAGAUGAUCCGCAUUGGAGACUGUGCUGUGUUCCUCUCUGCCGGCCGACCCAACCUGCCAUACAUUGGCCGCAUCCAGAGCAUGUGGGAGUCCUGGGGAAACAACAUGGUGGUCAGGGUGAAGUGGUUCUACCACCCUGAGGAAACCAACCCAGGGAAGAAGCUUCAUGAUGGAAAGGUCUGGGACCAGAAAUCUGCAAGGGGGCUCCCAGCCGCUCUACAGCUCUCAAAUCAGAGGAAGGAUUUUAUGGAGCGUGCCCUAUACCAGUCCUCUCACAUUGACGAAAACGACGUACAGACAGUCUCUCACAAGUGUCUGGUGGUCAGUCUGGAACAGUAUGAACAAAUGAUUAAAACCAAGAAGUACCAGGACAGCGAGGAUCUGUACUACCUUGCUGGGACCUAUGAGCCAACCACUGGGAUGAUCUUCAACACAGACGGAGUUCCCAUCAUCUGCUGAAUAUGCCCCGUCACCCUGAAUGCCCCAGCUCCAAUCUUCACCACAGCUGAUAGACUGUCUAUCGUCAGGAGUAGGAGUGUAGUGUUGGCUGCAGGGAAGAGAUGAGCCUUGUCAAGUAACAAUGCGAUUUCUGCUCAAGGACACAACUGACUUUGAAGCCUUGCUAAGGCUUGUUGGCCAAUGCAGUGAAAGGGAAUAUCAUUAUGGAUGUGGAGUGGAAGUGCUGCAUAAGGCUCCUUCACAGAAAGUGAAUCCUUGGCUGCUUUGGACUGGAUGACAUUUUAAGGUGUCUCUAGAACUGUUAGUCCCCACAUCACCCAGAUAUUUAGAAAUUAUUUGACUGAGUGAAAGUGAAGUCAAAAGCAGCUCACAGUAUGUAUGUAUGUGUGCAUGUGUGUCUAUAUAUGAAUAUAUAUAGAACUGUGUGUCCUUGGAGGCAUGAUGACGACAUGUUGAUGACAAAUUGCAGCCUUUGGAAAGGUAAAUCAGUGGACUUGUCAAGGAGGACAUUUUAACCAGUUCAUGGAGUGAAUAAGACUUUGAUCAUUAGUAUCCAGCUCUAAGGAAGCGUGGGAGGAGAGAUGCCAUCCUCAUUCCUUCAUUCCCUGGGCAUGCUGGGAUUGUGGCAGUGGCGUGUGAAAGUUGAAGCAGUGGGGGAAAAGUGUCACAAACAUCUGUGAGGCAAAGCACAUCUAUACAGCUGAGGCCCUGUUUUGUCUGAGAGAUGUAGCGCAGCGCCCACCCUAGACACCACCACCAGCAACCUAAACCUAAAUCAGAGAUGACGCCUCUUAGGAGGAUUUGCACAUCUUGGAGGCCAGAGGUUACCUCAUAAUGAUCCUCUGGCUUUUUGGAGCCUAGCAUCCAACCUAUGGAACGAUUUACCAGACAUGACAAUGCAUGUUAAACUGAGAAAUCAUCAUCUUUAACAUCAUCAUUGUCAUCAUUUUACCUUCUGCAAAUAAAUUCAUGGUGUUUUAAAGAAAGAAGUCUUUUGACAAAAACGACAGAUGUGCCCCUGUCAUAAUUCACUGAUCCUCUGCCACUGACCAGACAAUAGCAUCAGCAAUGCCUAUCAAUGACACUAAUCUUGAGAUUUGAGGACAGCCAGAGACUCAAUUCAAGCACUUUGAAAGGAACCACUUCUAUCACACAUGAACACUGGAGCAGGCCAAAUGUUUUUGAACUCUGCAAGAGAUUGGUCUGCUUGGUUUCUUCAGUUUGUUUCCUUGGAAAGGUUAGCACAUGCUUUCAACUGUGCAAACCCCAGAAAAAGGAAGGAAAUAAACUUGCCAGCAUAUUCAUUAUGAUUUAUAUUCCUUAAGACAUAAGAGGAACAUGACCUUUUGUGAGUCAGGUUGAACUGGAGUUGAAGGGAUCCUAAUAUUUUGUAUAUACUACAUAUAAAGAUAUACAUUGUAUUGUUUUAAUUUCAUGUACUAUAUUGUUACAAAAACUUUUUAAAAAGAAAAGCUUUAUAAAACUGUGAAUAAUAUCUGAAGAAAAAAAAUCAGGAAACCUAAAGAUGAGGAUGUUGCUUAAUCUUGUUGCUGGAUCUUAACUCGACAGCACACAAUAUGUAUAAAUAAUUGUAUUACAGGACAGAAUACAGGGGAAAUGUGUUCUAUUACUUAACAGUAUUUAGCAGCUACUUUGAGAGACAAGAAUGUACAACAGAAAGCACUUAUCCACUGCCCAAGGCCUUGAGUAGAAGACAAUUCUUAAAACUGUUAAGACAAUCUAGAGCAAGGAUGUGAUUUGCAGGUAUUUUACCUUUUACUUUGUCAAAGCAGGUAUGAGUAGGAUGGUAUUCACAUUUAAAGUGCCAUCUUUCCUGUAUUCACUACCAUGUAUGGUUCACGCCACUGCAGGGGUGAGACACUUUUGUGACUUUUAACUCUGCGGCACCUUGUUCUGCUUCGGUCAUACACAGAUUGUUUCCUUCCCCAUUAGACAACCAGAGACAUGCAGCCAAACAUUUUAUUCUCUUGUGGGGAAAAAAGCACUUUCAUAAAAAACAGCCCAAGAACAAAAUAAAUUACCAGAAUGAAAGGUCGGAAACUUUGAUGCAUGAAAUUGAGAGGGACUGAAGUGUCCCAUCAUAUUACAAUGUAAUGUUUAGCUGCCUUUCUACCUGCGCAUAUUGUAUAGCACUUAUAGGGAUUUCCUAGAUUUUCCAUAUUACUUAUGGUAAUUAUAACAUAUGCCUAUGUUAAAGCCUUUAUUUCAUGCUUAGAAAGUAUUCUCUAAUUUGAAAGACUGAUCUUGUGUCUUUCUGUGAAAGUCCACUUUGAUGUAGCUCAUUGUAAAUAUGGCCCUUUACCUAAUGUAUUGUAAUCCAAAGAAAGCACCAUUCAUCCCCAGAGCCUCUUGUCAUUUCUAUACUACUGCUGGGAGCCAGUUUCUUUUGUUGCUGCACUUCCAAUCAAGACCAAUCAAAUGCCCUUAACUCCAAACUAUUUUUUGGUUUGUUUUUCUUUGCCACCAUGAUGUAUAGAGUUUUAAUUAAUGUGCUUUGCUUUAUAUGUGCCUGAUAUUACCUAAUGCAUGUAUGUUUAUUUCAUUAUACCAUUGUAAUAAUAGUCAAUAGAUUUAUUUUUUAUAAACAAUUUUGAAUGACUUUUAUCGAGGCUAUUUAGUUAGUGAAAAGAAAUGUAGGCAUAGAAAUAUAAAAUGUGAACUCUGACAAAAAUAAUUAUAAUUGCCAUCCCAGUAAUCAAGAAUUUGAACUGGCAGGUCAAUUUUGCAAACUUAAUAUGUGAGAUUAUUAAAGUGACAUGACAAAUUAGGACAAUACUUGCAUCAGCAUUAGUAAAUGUCAUUUGCAUCAAGUUAAAUAUGUCAUAAACUCAGAUUUUUUUUUUUUAGAUGAAUUUCUAAAAUGCCAGACAUUUGUAUUUAGUACAUUUUCUCUAGAAGGACCAUUUCACAUUUUGAUUAAUGCUAUUUAUAAAUUUGCCUCUCUCCUAUUUGAAACUCAUCAGACUGACAGUUAUGGUAUUAAUCCUAAUGCUGUUUACAUUGCUUUAUUUAAAUGUUUAUUUUUUAAAACAGUUACGGUUUAGACAUGUUUUUGGCCCCUUAUGAUUCACCUUGCCUUUGUCUUUUGAUUCAUGAGGCCAUCCUAUAGGAAUAUGUGCAUUCAGGCACAUUCUUUUUCAUUUGAGCUGAUGUGUCUCUAAAAUAUGGAUAAAAUACAAUUUUAUAUAAAUAUUAUUUAAGUGUUAGUGUCCAACUCUAAAUAUAUCAGUCGGCAUAUUUUCCAACAUAUUUUUCUUGUAACAUUGUCCAAGUUCAAAGCCUUAUAUUUUAAUUGAUAUGUAAGUGCCCCUAAAAUUAUAUUUAUUCACAACUUGAUAAAUGUAACUCCCUAGUAUAUUGGGUGUGGUUUAAUUAGGCAUACAAUUAUGCUACAGAUUAACGGUAUGACUGCAGACUGAGCUCCACGUUUCUUGUGUUUAAGGAAUGUGUUUUAAUACCUAGUUACUGUAGCUAAUUUUCCUGUUUCUCCAUCACCUUGUCUCCUUGAGCUUGGUUGUACAAUAAGACGCACGACUGAAUGUGGAUGUAUCCAAAGCUUCUCUCCCUUAAUGCUCGCCUCAGAAUCUCACUGCAGCCGCUCACCGUGUAGAGUCUUGCUGUACGUUUAAUACAGUUUUUUGUGGAGGACCCGACUAGCCACUCAUUUUAAAUGACCACGAGAGCUGAAAUGAUUGUACUGUAGGCCACAUAAUUAUCUUCACGAGGGUGGAAAAGACCAGAAGAGACCAGGGUCACCAUAUUGGCCAAACAAGCAUCUUCAGGUUGAUAAACUCACAAAAAAUAUUUUAGUUGUCCAUAUGUGAGUCUUAGAAAAAUACUUGAAAUGCAGAUAUGUAUGACAGUCUGUGGCUUACAUUCUACCAGUAUAACUUUGUGACUCCAAAUAUUUUAUUUGUGAUGUACUGUGGAGGUUUAUUCACUACUUAUCAUGUCCAUACUACCAUACAGUAUCACAGAAAGCUUGAAAUGUGUAUUUUGUGCAUACUGUCUGUAUGACUGGAUGUAUUUGGAUUUUUGGAAGUGUAUUUUAAGUUAGUACGCGGUCUUAUAUUCAUUUUAAUUUUGGUACCCAUUUCCCCCCCUAACUGUAAUGUAACAGUCCCACUCUGAUUAUUGUGCAAUACUGCUGAUGGAGUCCUCUGAGGUAGCUGCUAGUGGGGAUGCAAUGCAUGGAGAUAGAGGAGAAAGAAGAAUGUGUAAAUGAGUGCAGACUGGAGGCUGGUCCCUCGCUGGUCUUUGCUCCAUCGUUCCUUCACCAUCGAUAAGGUCCUGUGUUACGAGCUGUUACAAAUUAUUACAAAAGAAGCAUAUUUUGGAAUUUUAAGAGCAUCAGUGUUUUGUAAAUGAUCUUAUUUCGGGGGAGGGUGAUAUGUGCUAUGAAUAUCUUUGUAUAAACUGUUAAUCAUGUAAAAAAAAGAAAAUUGAAAAAAAAUUGGAAAAAAAUGAAAGAAAAAAAUUACAGGGCUGUGUGGCUCAUGUGUAAAAUUCAUGUAAGUGGAACUUUUUUUAAUGGAUACUACAGUUUUACAAUGUGUUCCUUUUAAAGCAUUUUAGUAACUCAAGAUUUUAUAGUUUAUCCAUCAAUAAACUGAAAGAAAAUCCUCA